AUGGCCCGUGUUCUGCCCAGCCGCUGCGCCGCUCUGGUCUCGUCCGGCCGGGCCUUGAGUGGCGACCGACGUGCAAACGGGGCUCGCUCGACGCAGUCACGCCCAAUUGCUCGCCCUGAGACCGCGCUUCUUCGUCGUGCGACCCGAGGUGACGGGCCCAGACUGAUCGGUCGAAGCGCGGCGAUGGACGCAUCCACCGGACUUGCAGGAUACAUACAGCGUUGCAGAGAGGUGAACAACGUGAUUGAUGCUAAAAGCGAGAUCCUUGCCUCGCUCAUCAGCUUCCGUGUCGACGGGCAUGAGGUAGGACACAUGCGGAAGGAUUUCGCCGACGCGGUGUCCCAGCGAGCGCCCGACGUGUUUGUCAAGGAGGGCGCUGAGGUCGUCACCCUGCACAACGGCCUCGGAACCGCACAGGAGCGGACGGAGGCCGUCAACAGGGUCAUGCAGGAUCUGCGGGGGACGUUCAUCACUGGCUGGCGGUCGGAGAUGUUUCCUGUGUCGCUCGGGUUCGGGCAGGAACCAUUGUUCCUCGUGGAGCGGGCAGCAGCGGCAUGGUUUGGCAUCAAGGCGUAUGGAGUGCACGUGAACGGGUUUGUCCGGGACAGCGAAGGCGGCAUGCACGUGUGGGUCGCUCGCAGGAGCAAGACGAAGCCGACCUGGCCAGGCAUGCUGGACCAUAUCGUUGCCGGCGGACAGCCGUAUGGGAUCAGCCCGCGCGAAAACGUGAUCAAGGAGUGCCAGGAGGAAGCUGGUAUUCCCCAGGACUUGGCCGCCACCGCGCGGCCAGCAGGCUGCGUGACAUACGAAAUGAGUGUGGACGAAGGAUUGAAGCGUGAUGCUCUCUUCGUGUACGACUUGGAGCUGCCUGCGUCGUUUCAGCCAAUCCCCACCGACGGCGAGGUCGAGGCGUUUGAGCUGUGGCCAGUGGAGAAGGUCGCAGAGGUCGUGCGCACGACGAAGGAAUACAAGCCGAACUGUUGUCUCGUCAUCAUCGACUUCCUGGUACGGCAUGGCUACAUCACGCCAGAAGCUGGUCCAGGAUACGUCGAGCUGAUCUCCUUGCUCCAUGCCUGA